AUGCUAAACAAAUUAACACUAAGUUUUAAAUCAGAUGCUAUUGAACAAGAAUUUAGGGAUAAUCAAUCAAUAAAAGUAAAAGAAGAGUUUAACUUAUUCACUAUUUAAUGUUUGCUUUUUUUUCCCUUUUAUUUAUCAUCGUACUUUUAAUCAGAAUACUUUAAUUUGACUAGUAUUUUGAUCAUAUUUAUAAUUGCUGGCCUGAUUAUAGUGUUCAAAUUAAUUAUAGACAGUUGUCCAAAAUACGCCAUUAUAAUAUUGCCUGCUCUCUAAAUAAUAUUUGCAAUUGUUUGGAGCAUAGACAAUCUAUAAUCAUCGCUUUAAGUUUCAUAAUAUUAAUGGUUUUAUGGCUUUUAAUCGUUUUAUUUUCAUUCUGCCAUCAUGUAGCAAGGUUAUUAAAUUUUACCUUAGGCAAUAAGCAUUUUAGGAUUAUAUAUAUUGUUUUUAAUCUUGUAUAUGGAAAAUUCAUUAGAAUUUAUUGCUUUAAGCCUUACCCAACUGAGUGUUUUGUUAGGUUUAAUAUUUUUAAAAUAUACAAAUCUAAAGUUAAAACGAUUAUAAUUUAUUGAUAAUCGAGAGAGAAAUAAAUGGAUAAAAAUUAUAGAAUAAAUAGUGGAUUAUGAAUUGAUUGUAGUUGAAUUUGAUAAACGACAAGAUCAAAUCAUUAUCAAAUAAAUCAAUGAAAGAACCAAAAAAAAAUUUCAAAUUCAGGACAAUUAAGAAUUAAGAAAAAUUUUGAGAGAUAUGGCAAUAAUCCAUAGUGGAUCCUCUCAUGCUAAGUUGAAAACAGAAUCUUUAGAAAUGGCAAUUCGGGAAUAAUUUUGCUGUAAUUUUGAGUAGCUAAUACCAUCUUAUGAUGUUAGUUCCAGUAUAUUGAAAUAGGAAUUCAGAGUUAAACUAAUUUAAUACAUUCUUCAAGAUGUUUAAUGUGUUAUUUUAGCUUUUGAUAGUUAAUCUAGGCAGGAAAUAAAAUAAACACUAUCAAACCAAAAGUUAUAGGAAAGUUUAUUUAUUUAAUGCUCUUCAAAAAUUCUUUCUAGCAUUUGUACUUUUAAUAAUAAGUUACUUGUACUACAAUAGAUUGUUAAUUUACAAUUUUACAGAAUAUGGUUGGAUAACAAGCAUCUUCUUCUUACAUAAAGAUCUUAAUUUAAAAUGCCAGAAGUAAUUUAAUAAUUAUAAAAUACAUUAUCAAGACAAAUUAUUUUCAAAAACAUUCCAGAGUUUAAUGAUUCUUUUUAAUUAAAUUUAAGAGCAUUACAAAUGGUUUUAGUUGGAUUAACAUAAUUUGUAGAUUCAGACUUUCAAGUAAUGAUUAAAUGGAGUAAUAAAAUUCUAUUUAGUCAUCUAACCUUUAAAAUGGAAACAAAAAAGGUACUUUUUUCAAGUUAAGUCUAUAAUUUGAUAAAAAGAUAGUUGGAUUUUGAUGAUAAAAAUUGGAUAAAAAAUAAAUAAAAGAUUUUGGAAUGCAUUCAAAUUUUAUCAGAAAAAAGAAAAAUAAGUUAGGAACCCUUUUUGUUUACUUUAAUUAUGUGCGAAUAUGUUCUGUAUUCAGCCUUUAAUUAAAGUACUUUAAGAUUAUAAACAAAAAAAGAUAAAAGAUUAAAAGUUUCAUUUGAAAUUCUUAUUUGA